UGCUCUCCAUUUAAGGUAGGCAGGCCACGGACACUCUCAACAAUCUUGGAGAGGAGAGGGAGGCUUUCGCUUUGUUCUCGCCAAGGAUCUUUGGUUGAAGCUAUGGGAAUCUUUGGCUGGGUGCAGAACAAGUUCCACGGGAGGCAGGAGAAGAAGAGCUUCGAUGCUGGAUCGAGUUCAGCUCACUAUCCUUCCAUGCCGAGUUCUCAGAAAGAAGAACUCAACGACUGGCCACAGGCAUUGUUGUCGAUUGGGACGCUCGGCAACAGCGAGAUGAAGGAGGAACCACGGCGAGACGAGCAUUCUCGAACCUUGGAUUCUCCCUCAGAAGACUUAUCCAACUUCACGAUCGAGGAAGUAAGCAACCUGCAGAAAGAACUGAAGAAGCUGCUGUCACUCAAGUCGAAAACCAAGUCCGCUGGAUCGGAGUUCGGCGAAGAAGACAGAGCCAAGCUGCCGCUGAAUCGAUUUCUGAACUGCCCAUCGAGCUUGGAGGUCGACAGGAUCGCGAGCGCCAAGCUCGAGUAUCUGGACAACGACAACAAUGGCGACCUCUCGCCCAACACCAAGAUCGUACUGAGCAAGGUGAAGGAAGUGCUGCUGGGUAACCGCAACGCCAUCAAGAAGAAGUCCAUCUCCUUUCUUCUCAAGAGGAUGUUCGUCUGUGGCGGCGGCUUCGCGCCAGCUCCCGGCUUUAGGGAUCCCAUGCCGGAAUCAAGGAUGGAGAAGAUUUUGAGGGCAAUUCUCACCAAGAAGAUGCACCAACAAAGCUCCACUCCAUCUUCAUCGCAGAAAUACUUGGAGAACAAGCCAGUUGGGAGAUCGCAGGAAGGGGAAGCGGAGGAGGAGGAGGAGGAGAAGAGGAAAGCUCAGUGUAAAUGGGUCAAGACGGAUUCAGAGUUUAUUGUUCUAGAGAUCUAGAGACACCAAUCGAUGAAGAUGACCAUGGUGAGUUCGCGCUGAAUGCUCUCGAAGAACACAUGCAGGCAUGCAAUGGAGGGUUACAGAGCACAUAAUAGGCUGUGUUGGAAAAGGCUUCACUUGUGCCAUAUAUAACAAACAAGUUGCACAUUUCUUAUCAUUAAUUUCUGAGGUGUCCGUCCGUAGGACAAUUCUUGGGAUAAUUCAGCC